AAAUAUUUGAGGCACGAGCAGCAGUCCAGCGAAAUUUGGCCACUCAAAUGGAUAAUACCGUUAGUCAGCUGUGGCUAUUUGUCGGGCAUUGGACUCAUCCUGCUCUGUUACGAAUGGCAGCCGGCCCAAAGGCAGCGAGAUCUGACGCAGCCGUGGCUGCUUCUGGUGAUCCUGGGUCUGCUCUGCAUGACGAUGCUCUUCAGCCGGGCCGUGCGGUGCAUUCUGACGCUGGCGCUGCCCUCGCUGUGCAGCUCACGUGGACGCGCCCUGCUCAUUGCCCUGGCCUUCUACGUGGCCGCCCGCGGACCCACCGCCAAUAUCCUGGCCAAUCUGAUGGCGCUGCUGCGCAGCCUGGCCUGCGGCCAGGAGCUGCUGCGUCUGGCCAUUGGCCAGAUGCUGGACGUGGUCAUGGAGCCGGUGCGUGCCAUCCACAUGGCCAUCGAUCAGCUGCUCGAGGAGCUGCGUCGUGUGCUGCAACAGGUGCUGCAGCUGCUGCUGCGCAUCCAGAGCUACCUGCUGGUCAUCAUUGAUGCCUUCAAGGUGUGCGCCGCCUGGCUGGAGUCUGUGCUGGAGCUGUGCAACGCGGAGCUGGGCACGCCCUGGACACGCUGCCAGCAGGCAGCUGAGCGCGCCCAGGCCAAGUGCCGCGCCAGGCUGGGCAUGCUCAAGUCCCUCUGCCAUGCUGCAAAGCUCUUCCUGGCGCUCUGCUAUCCCGCCCGGCUGGUGGACGUCUUUUGCGCCGGCGUCUGGGAUGGCAGCUGGCAGAUCCUCGACACCAUCAUGAAGCGUAAGUCCUCAUCGUGUUAUCCUGCCCCAUCUCUGCCGUUUAAUCCUCCUCCAGGCUAUUACGAGUUUGUGGCCCAGCUGGAGCAGAUGUUCGAUGUCAGCAUUAGCUUUGACCACGACUUCUACUUCCAUACGAACGCGUCCAAGAACCUCUCCGAUGUGGGCGACGAGGUCAUGCAGGAUAUUCAGCAACGUUUGCGUCCAUUCAUCCUAUUCCAGAGCUGGCUCGAUCUGCUCUGCUGGAUCAUGCUGCUGGCCAUAUUCAUCAAGGCCAUCUAUUUCUAUCUGCGAUAUAUGCUCGGUCGGGAGUAUCAGAAUAUUUAUUUAACCAGCGCGCUUUAUGCCAUCGAGAGGGAUUGUGAGGCAAAGGGCCAGCCCACAGCUCUGCCCCUGAAGAGUCUGGAACGCGCCAAGUACUUGAAGCUAACCAGCCUGCGGCUGUCGGGCGGCGAGUGCCUGAUGCUGGCGGAGAAUGGGUUCUUUAUGCUGAACACGUGCGUCCAGCUGGGCAGCAUUUGCCUGAUGGACUACGGCCUGUUCUGGCUGCUGGACAGCAUUGCGUAUUAUGGCGAGGAGCAGGACGAUCUGGAGAUACCCGCCUACGUGGAUCUGGAGAUCGAGGGCGGCGGCUUUGUGGGCGACAUUAUGAGAGGCAUUGCGAAUGCCUUUCGUCCCAUCACCCAGAAGACCAGGCUGGACUCCAAGUCCUGUCUGCCUCAGCCCGUCGAGCCGGACUAUCGAUACUAUGCGGGCAUCUUGCUGCUCUGUCUGCUCGCCUGGCUCAUCCUGCUGACGGAGCCCUAUGCGCUGCGUCUGCGUCACCUGAUCAUGCAGAGAUUCUAUCCGGAACGCGCCCAUGUGCGUGCGCAGUAUUUGCAGCGGAAGAUAAUCGAGAAGCGAGGCUGCUUCUUGAAGAUGGCCCGUCGCAAGGCACGCGCCCUUUUUAGGCACCAGCAGGCGGGCGGACACGGCGGCUGCCUGGACAAGCUUCUCCGGUGCUGCUGUUGCCUCUGUUUCUGGCCCGUUCGAGGCGAGGAUGUGUGCAUUCUGUGCGCCCAGCUAUUGAGCUCCUCGACACGCGUAAGGUGCGAUACGCCCGGCUGCAAGGGCGUCUACUGCCAGGUCUGCUUCCGUGAGUCCAAUGGCAAAUGUUGCCUCUGCCAGCGGCCCGUUGAUUAUGGCGAUUACAGCGACCUCUCCGAAGUUCAGGACUCCUCCGAUGAUCCGGGGACGGAAUCAUUUGGACAAAUCAAGGCACGACAUCUCUGCAGCAAAGAUCGCAGGCAAAAAGGCAAAAAGGAGCCUUAAACAAGCACAAAAAUGUGUUUUUGUUUAUUAUAAUGUAAUUCAUUUGUAAAUAUUUGCAAUAAGAUUAUUAUAAUUCCUUAUAGGCUGGGUAAGGCGUAGGUAAAUGCAGCACA